ACUUUCGGGAUCCUGAGGUUCAUUUUGUUACCUUCCAAGGGUCAUUUUGGACUUCAAUAGUCACUGAAAAACCUAGCAACCGUUAGAAUGGUCAUAUAUUUUACACGCGGGUUGCUGUUUGCGUACUUUGCCUUGCCUGGAAUCUUACUUGGGGAUUUAGUUUUCCGAUGCCCAAGUUGCACCGCGGACCAUUUAGCUGCGUGCCCCAAAGUCACAGCAAUAUGUACAGAAAUAGUGAGGGAGCCGGGCUGCGGCUGCUGUCCAGUGUGUGCCAGGCUAGAGGGGGAGCUUUGUGGAGUCUACACACCAAGGUGCUCUAGUGGCCUGAGGUGCUACCCGAGCGCAGAUGCUGAAUUACCUUUGCAGGAGCUCAUCCAGGGUUUAGGUCGAUGUGGACAAAAAGUAGAAUUAGAUGUCCCAACAAGUGUGGACCACCAGGCAACAAAUGAGGUACAUGGGACUGAGAAUCCACUCACCAGGAGACCUGCCCUAGACGUAAGGAUUUGGCAAGAGUCCGCCAAGAACCAUCACUUGAAUGAGCUCAAAAGCAAGAUGAGGACAAAUCAACUAGAGGACCUGCGACCCCCAAAGGUGCCUCAGAGUGCCUGUCAGCAGGAGUUGGACAAGGUCUUAGAGGAGAUCUCAAAAAUGAGCUCUCAGGAUAACAGAGGCCCACUGGAGAACCUGUAUGGGCUCAAAUUUCCUAACUGUGACAGACAUGGAUUGUACAACCUCAAACAGUGCAACAUGUCCACCCACGGCCAGCGGGGCGAGUGUUGGUGCGUUAACCCCUUAACUGGGGUCCAGAUACCAGAAACGCCUAAAGUCAGAGGGGAUCCCAACUGUAACCAGUUUCAAGAGGAGCUCAGAGAAAUGCCCACUGCAGUAACCUCCUACUAGCACAGUUCAGCAUACAUUAUGACAUGGUUUGGUUUCCUUCAAAAUUUUGAGUCUAGGAGAAUUUUGGUAUUGUGUUAUUCUAUCAACAAGUAUAAAAGUGAAAAGACCAUAACCAACAACACAUCAGUCCAACUCUCAAUGCUUAUUGACUUUCUUACUCUGUCUGUUCUUUUUUUAAAGGGUCACCAAAACUGAAUAUACCAUGCAAAAUUUAAUAGAAAAGUAGCAAUGGAAGUAAGUGAAGCCUUUGCACUGUGGAACAAAGUGUGUUACUACUCAUUCUGAUACAUUAUUAGGAUAAUACUGCAGGAAGUAGUGUGGUAUAUUAUUCUAUGCUUAAUUUUAACAGUACACUGAGACAUUACAUUAUGUAAAUUUAAAUUUAAAUUUUCAAUUCAGCCGGAAAAAUGGAGCAGUUUCCCAAAGGUUGAGAAUUUAUUUGUGGUGGUGGGUGGCAUGGCGUGUGACCAAUGUACACACAGAGACUCAUGCAGUUAGAGGGAGAGUGUAAUCCACCGAGUACUGUUGUUACAAUUUACAGAUUUCCCCUUAAUGCCUCACAUGCAGACUACUAGUAGAUGCUAACUAGCCAGCUGUGCAUAGUUACAACUCUGUAAGGCUGGUGCAGGUCACGCAACUCAGACAGGUGUGUGGCUACUGUUCAGCUAGUGCACAGUGGAUUUAUCAGAGCUAUUUGGCUAAAACAAAACAAUGGGCUAAAAAAGGCAAAAAUGCUUUGUAGGGCUAAGGGUAACUGUUGAAUUAGGUACUGAUUAUAUAUGGGUUUGUAACUACAAGUAACCACUAUGUUAUCUGAUCCAUUAUUAACAUAAGAAUAUUGAUUAGUGCAGCUUUAAGUGAAAUUUACGUAAGACUUCUUAAAGGGAAGAAAUGUAGCUGUGUGUUAAAGACCUGAACACUUGAAUCCUCACAUUCACACAGUGACAACUGCAGUUGGUAGUCUUGUUACUAUGCUAAUGAUGGGGCAGGGUUGCCACUGACAGCAGUGCGACUUACUUCAUACUUCAAGCACACCAGCCUGUUUUUUUUGAGCUGAGAUGAGAAUAUUGCAGUUGCUCCUUAAAAUCUUUUGACAAGAAAUAUAUGCACAAUCUACAACCUAUUUUAGUGACACCACUUGGUGUAUCCUUGUUUUCAUGAUACUUUUCAUAUAGACAAUUAAAAUGUUAAUUACACUCAUACUUUUACUGAUCAGGUCAUGUAAUAUUUCUUCUUGAUGCACCAGGUUUGCUUCCAACAUUGUUAGCAGGAAAUAAAUUAAAUAGUCUUUUCUCUGACAUCCAGUCAAAAAGAGUCUGAAGUGGCACCUUCUUUUUCACUGCAAUUUUUAUGACAUUUCACAGUUACAUUCAUGUUAAUUUAACUCUAAAUAUCAAAUCUGAAACCAUAUAAAUGUUUCUAUGAAUCCACACCUUCUGGUUUGGUAAGCUGCAGAGAGUUGUUGUUGUUAUUGUUAUAUAUCAGCAGUUUUCUUAUCAGCACUUGUCAAUCCCAAAUAAGCGUCGCCACUGAAAAAUUACACUUACACUAAUAAUGCUGGAAAGUGCUGGGUGGCAUCACUAUUCCUAUCACUGCUGUGCAUGCAGAUAUGAGUGUGUGUGUGUGUGUGUGUGUGUGUGUGUAUCCAUGUGGGUUACUAAUGAAGUGUUGACAUGAGGAGGGAUUAGGAUGGGGGGCUGACAUUGACAAAUGUGAUGCUAAGUGGGUAAAGGUCUCUAUGAAUAAACCGACCCAAGUACGCAAAUAAACACAGAGACACACACAUGCACUCACUCUCUCGCUCUGUCUCACACACACAUUUGUGCUGCAGAUCAUGGUCUAAAGAGAGGUAACGAACAUAAUGUCAUAACAGAGGGAUGUAGGGGUGCUAUUCUAUUAAUGAUUCUGAAUGCCCCAGGCAAACAGGAUAUCAGGACUGUCUCACUGUACAGGCUAUGCUAGAGCUAUCCACAAGCUGAAAGGAAAUCCGCUGUUAUUAUCUCUUAGACAGUCAAGACAUUUCUCAUUGUGGAUGACAUGGAAUGUUUAUUAUCACAUAUCAAAAAUGUAAUACAUGGAUUCCAACCCAUAAUCCAUUGCAGACAUUGUAAACAUACUAUAAUUUGAUUAUUCAAAUUCAAAAUUCAAAUUAUACUUCACAUACUUUUGUUCGUCCUACAAUUAUAUAGCAUUUGUAGUAUUUGUUUUAUAACUUUUAUAACUUUUUUUUAACAUGUCAACAAAUCCUAGAAGUUAAGGUGAUGGUGACAGUCUUGUGAAUUCCAGUGAUGUAAAAUCAUUUCAUAGAUUUUUUAAGAGUUGCAUUAUGAUGAUGUGGUAAUGCUUAGUAAUACAGCUCACAUUUUACAGUGUAAUUUGUUGAAUCAAUUGGAUACCAAUAAAAUGUUCCUGAUACUUAAAUACAGUCGCAGAAAAUGCGAUUAUGAAGAACAGCCACAUUUCAAAAUAAUAUUCUCAUGAAUAUUGAAUAUUUUCAUUCUCAGACAUUACCAUAAUAUACUAUUUUAACUGCUUUCCCAGUCUGGUCGCAAUGUAAUCUCUGGCUGGAAUUCAUUCAGAGGCCUUUUUUGUUAAGAAUGAAGUGCUACAUUUAUUAACAGAAGAGUUGCCAGGAGGUUUGUUGGGGUGGUGUAACGCACGACUGUUACACCAGAGAAUGUCCUGUGUGUGGUCAAGUUUGGGCAACAAAAACUCUUUGGUUAAGGCUGGAGAGAGAUCGUGGUUUUGGUUAACUGUACAUAUGAAUGAAGUCACUGUGAACUUUUUCCAUAUUAAAGCAGGCUACAAUUGUUCUGUGUCCUGUGCUGUUGAUUUAAGAAGUAUUGGUUGCUGUAAUCAUCCAUCCUGUCCAUAAUGGCAGUGAAGUGAUCCAUUCCGAGGCAACUACACUGUAAAAGUGGGAGGAUAAAGUCUAGAGUUAUUUUUUGUGCAAAAGUGAGUUCUAAAGUUUGUCUAAAGCUAAUAUAUAGAGAGCUACAACUGUGUUCUGACAUUUUAAUAUAAAAACCCCUUAUUGUGUUUCUAUGGAUAAUGUUUCCUUGCAUAUGAAUAACUAUGAAUGCACAAAAAUAAAAACCCCAAAAUAGUGUCUCAUAUUAAUUGUAAAUAUUAUAUUUUUUUGGACUGAAAUAAGGACUGUGGAUUAUAUAUAGUAUAGGUGAUGCAGAAUGAUUACACUGGCCCAUAACUUUUUCAAUAUGAAUAUUGUAUCAAGGCGGAGUUGAGUCUGUCAAGUCCAUUCUGAUGAGUCUAAAUCAAUGCAGAAAAUACGACUAUCAAUUUUGUAUUUUCUGCAUUGAUAUGAUACAGGCAAGAUUUAGGACAAAUGCAAAGUUUUAAAUGGACUGCACUUACAUAGCGCUUUUCUAGUCAUAUCGACCACUCAAAGCGCUUCACACUACAGAUCACAUUCACCCAUUCGCAUUCAUACAGCACUUAUUCUAUACACACAAAGUGCUUCCUAACACAUUCAUACACAUUCACACACCGAUGACACAUCGAGGGCAAAUUAGGGUUCUGUAUCUUGCCCAAGGAUACUUCGGCACACGGACUGGAGGAGCCGGGGAUUGACCCACUGACCUUCCGAUUGGUGGGCAACCGCUCUACCUCCUGAGCCACAGCCGCCCUUUUAGAUGUCAUAUAACCUGAGUAUAUUUUGUGCAAGGCUUAAAUUACAAACACUUGGAAAUCCCAAACAAAAGUCACCACUGAUUUGCAAUCAGAAUGAUUCAAGACUUAAAAAAGACUUCUUUUAAGUUCUGGCCAGAAGUGUAUCGUAUGAAAUGACUUCACCUAAUCCAUGUGCCAGUGUGCCAGUUAGCUGAGCACCAAUCCAAAGGUGGAAUUAUUCAUGCUGUGCAUAAUAUGAACACUCUUUCAGCUACAGCUUUAUAACGUUGUUCAGGCUUUGUGACAUUUUGUUUUCAAAUUUAUUUUUAUUUUGUUUUACUAAAGGCUGGUUUUUGGCAGGGGCAUGCUUUAAAAAUUUGACUUGGCUUGGUUACACACAUGAAUCUUGGGCGUCCUUGGGUUGUUCUUCAUGUUUAAUGGUAGUUUGAGGCUGGUCUUUUCCUGAAAACAAAUCAAAACAAGUGUCUUUUGUUUUGGAUUUAGUUUAGCAGUAGUGGGGGUAAGUAUCUGUGCUUGCAUGAUUGUGUGUGUGUGUGUGUGUGUAUGUGAGUGUGUGCGUGCGUGCAAAAGCACAUGUGUGUGUAUCUGUGUGCUUCCACCCUGCUUUCACAAUUUCUUUUGUCAGCAUUCAGCAACUUCCCUUGAUAUGUUGAUAGCAGGUUUGUGUUUAAGACUCAGGGAAGUUGCACUUGUUGAAUGUUCACAAACUAAUUGUUGUUUUAUCUUGGUUAAAAUGAUGAGUUGCUCCAAUGUUAGCAGACAUUUAUCCUCAAAUAUGUUGUUCUAUAAGUUCUAUAAGUAAUGGCUGUAAUUUUACCAUUCCUUCAUACACAGCAAAAUCACCAGUGUUAAAUUAACACUGAGAUUGUUAAAUUUAUCACAAAAAAGUGUCUAUAUGUGUCCACUCUUUUGAGUGUUAAAUUAACACUUUUAACCAAGCAUUUAUUUGCAAUAUUUACAGACCACUUGUGUCCACUAGUCCCAUCUGAACUAUAUUUAGUGAUGUGUCUGCAUUUUGAGAUCACAGCAAUUACUUUGGUGAGUACAAGUUUAAUAGCCAGAAUAGCCAGAGCUGCAAGCUAGAAAAGUUUGCAGGUCAUGGCAGCCAUAACAGAAGCAUUAUAAUCGUGCAUUGAAAUGGUUUAGCAUGUAAAAUAUUCAUCUCAAAGUUAGUUUACUUAACAUGCUGUUGUGAUUCUCACAGUCACAUCCGAUCUAUUCUGAAGAACCCUCCAUUUGGGAUUACGGGCCUAAGUCCAUCUUUGAUGAAAGGGUUUGGAUAAAAACUAGCAGACACUUGUCUGCCGUCUCCACCACUGGCAUUGGAGGAUUCCUCCACUAAGUCAUGUGAUUUACUCCUUACUGCUGUAAAUUCUUUCAAAUCUCCUUUCAUCUCCAUCCCGGUGAUGAAAAGAACCACUAUUACCUAUUUAAGAGAUAGCAUUAUACAAGAGCACAAGCAGUGAUUUGCACAGAUCCCAAUUAUGCAGUGUAAACAUCUGCAUUCCAUUUGUAAGCUUAUGUCUUUAAAUGCCCCAUCAUCAUUUCUAAAAGUCACAUUUAAUGAUAUGAGCCACAGGCAAAUUGAUGCAAAAGCAUGUGAGAUAGCAUCUCCAGUGCAAUGGCAUGUGAUGUUAAAGCACAGAUCAUUUGUUUCAUCUUAUUACUGUAUACUCAGACAUGAGGAGAGGAGGAGAAUCCAACUGUUCUGCAGAACUUUGAGGUCUGAGGUUCACAGAAAUGCUCUGCACAGCAGUUUGACUGGGUUCGGGAUGGGGUGAGGUGCGUGAGUUGAUGUUAGAUGAAGCCAUCCAACGUUGUUGGCCUAAUUAUGUAAUAAAAGGGGCAUAAAUGCUUUGAAGUCCUAAGUGCAGUUGUCAGUUUCUUUGAAGGCAAAUAGUAAUUGUCAUGUUCACUGCCUCACAAAUCAAAUCUUGUACACAUGUUCCCUCCUCCCUGAAGUCAAAGUCUGAACUGUCCCUGCCACAUGCACACACACACACACACACACUGAGACAUACCACAACAACCUUUACGGCAGCCUUGAUUUGCCAUACAGGAACUGCUGGGCCCUCCACCCUUGCAUGCCCUGCUUCAGUCACCCACAUCUGGAGUUGGUCAAAGUUCUGAGGUCCCCAGGGAAAGAUUUUGGUGGCCCCCAAAAAGAAAGAUUUUGUCUCUUCCUGGAAUUCAUGAGGGAAUAAAAAUGACCAGACACCCCUAUGUGGUUGAUGCAUGCACAGAUCUUUUAGAUCUCUUAGAUAUUUUAUCCUUGUGUGUUUGCAAAAAUUGAAAAGCCAGCAUCAUUGCCACUGAUUUUUAACAGUUUCUAUUCUUCCCAUUUUGUUUUCUAUUUUUCAAAUAAAUAAAUAAAUAAAUAAAAAGUGAAAUUGCUUCAUCUUUGAUUUACUGUAGUAAGUUUACUAGAUCUUCUACAGUUUUUCUUCCUCUUAUUUUUCAUAGUCCACACCUUCUGUCUGUGUAUGCACUUGCGCUUAGCUGCAUGUUGUAUGUUGUGUCUUUGUCGAUGGGUGUGUCUCAGGAGAGUCCAUUCUGCCUUGAAGUGGUAAUAAAUAUAGGUUUUCCAUAACAUGAUGAAGCUUCCUCCAGGCUACAUAUCCCUUCUUCCCAGUCAUUUGAAUAGUGAGUUGGUUCCACUAGAUGUUAUCCCCCCCUUGAAGUUCAAACUCAUGUUAAAUAACUUCCUUGUUCCUGUGCAAUCUUUUUGACUAUGGUGUUAAAAACCAGGUGACUUGCCCUUGGGCGAGGCUGUAUAAAGUCACAUCCUACAUGCUGCUUGAGAUCCUGUGGGCUACCCUGGGUGUCUCAGACUUAUGUCUAAGAGGUUUAGCAGCUCGUGCCUUGGAGAUUAGUUGGUGUUUACUAUCAGGAUCAUUCCACUUCACUGUACAUUUCAAGCCUAUUUAGGGGCCACUUGCUCCUCUUAAAAAUGCAGCACUAAUAAUGAAAAUCUCACCAGGACACUUAAAUGAAUACAUAACUUUAUUUAAAUAAAUGCUUUGUCAUAACAAAAAAGACAAAGGUUAAAAGAGUACAUAAAUUACAAGUUGAAUAAAUAUUACACAGUGAUAUUCACUUUAAUAAUUUGAGAUUUUUUGUCUUUUUUUUUUUAUUAUUUGUCUUAUGUAGUUCCAAAUACUGACCAUUUUAUUUCCCACUAUCCUCCUGCCACCGAUGGGUCUCUUUCACAAGCCAGUGAACACCAAAUUAUGAAAACCAAUUGUGUUGUCUCAUUACAUCCAAAAAGUGUUAUGUAUUCAGGAAAAAGCUGUACUGUAAUUACUGUACUACUGAAGGAUGAAAUGUGAAUAUAAACCAAGUAGGAGAUGAAAAACCUGAGGAAGUCAUUACUUGCAAACAGGUGUGGGGAAACAGGGAGCUGCUGACACAAUAAAGGAAAGACCUUUUUUUUAAAAAAAAAAAAAUCCUGAACCUCAACCUGCAAUCCAAACAAAAGAAACAAACUUCUGGAACAUUUAAGUAUUCACACUACUGACUGAUCCAGACAUCCAAUAUCAGAUAUUUCAUUGUUUUGUACUCUACCCCUGGUUGCAGUAUUGCAUUCCCCAGGUUUCACUGACUCCUGAUCACUGUCUUGCUAACUGUAUCUAAUAUCAUGCAGUUGGUGACCCCGUAUCGGGGAAGUGGCUAGGCCCUGAUUAUGACCACUGCCCAUGGCGCUCGCUCUUCCUCUUCCCUCUCUCUUCCAUCUCUUUUCCUCCUCUCUUUCACCUCCCAUCUCUGCGCAAUAGGCCAUGAGAACAUCUCUAGCUGUGUCUUACCUUUAAUCUAUUUUUACCUAAAAGAUGUUUCUGUAUUGGAGGU